UAUUAGGCUCUUCUUGGACAACUGCAGUGAUUUUGUUUUUAAAUCAUACACUUUACUAGUGAGCAGACAUUCAUUUAAUAUGAAUUUGUAUUUUAGGGCUGUUAAAGACAUAACUAGCUUGAGUGAGUUGUUUUGAUACUCUUUGCACAAUAAUGAAUAAUUUGGUGAUAUUGAUACUAUCAUAAUUUGUUCCUGUAUCAGUCACUGUUCCAUUACUGGAACAAAAUACCUGUAUCUUUUUUGGGGGGGGUACCUAGGAUCAUACUCAGGACCUUGCACUUUUGAGCCAGGCUCCAGAACCACUGAGCUAAAUCCCUGGCCAGAGGCUUGGACAUUUUAAAUAAAAAUCACGACAGUAUCCUACAACUCCUGUAGGAAUCAGUCAUAUAUGAAUGUAAAAAAAUCCCAGCUUAAGGGGUGUUACAUUUCCUCUAUAAGGGACAAAUUUUUGAGACCCUUAUGGUUAGCAAUUCUAAACCAAGUAGUCCUGGUGGUUCUCUACUGGAGAAUUUUCUUUAGGUAGCCCUCAGAAUAUUUUUGUAAUUGACACUAUCCAGGCCUGAAAAUUGUAGAGAAGUUAACUAAAGAUUUGUUUCACUUCCAAGGUCUUUUUCCCAGUUUUCUUGAGAGCUAGUUAGGAAAAUGAAAUUUGUACUGCCCCUCCCAUAUAAAAUGACAAGAUUGGUCAGUGUAGUUUUGUUUUGUUUUUUGGAACAGAGGUGGAACUUGGGACCUUGCGCUUGCGAGGCAGGUGGCAGAACCACUGAGCUAAAUCCCCAGCCCCAUGGUCAGUGUAGUUUUGACAAUUUACUAAAAUUUGAUUUGGAUUUUGUUAUCCUAUAGACAAAGAUAAGCAUUAUUAAAGUAUUUAUAUUCCAUAAAAUUCACUUAAGAGUGUACAAUUAAUGCCCACAGAUCUCAGCACUCCAGGAGGCUGAGGCAGGACUGAAAGUUUAAGCCCAGCCAGGCAGUUUAUAAAUUUAGCCAGGCUCUGUCUCAAUAAACUCUGGGGUUACAGCUCAGUGGGAAAGCCCCGGGUUUAAAUCCCAAUAGCAAAGAGAAAAAAGACUUCAAAGAUGUGUUUUUAAAAAAUUCUUUACCUAGGGCCAGGGAUUUAGCUCAGUGGUUCCACAGCCUGCCUCGAAAGCAGAAGAUCCCCAGUAUUAAAAAAAAAAAAUUCUUUACCUAGUGCCUACUGUACUAUGGUAGAUGUUGCAAUAUACAGGAGUAAAUUAAGACAAAUUGACUUUAUGUUUAUAACACUUAAGUCAAAUAAGCAAAAUGGUAAGUUUGCUUGGAGUACUUGGGCAGAUGGGAAGAGCAAUUUCUCUUCACCUAGGAGGAGUUUGGUCCCUACCAAGAUAAUAACCUCCCUUUGUCACCAGGGUCCUGAGGCAAGUGUACAGCUUGAAUUUGUAGGUGACCUCUAGGCCAGCAGUGUCCCUCAGCCCAGCGGUGUAAGAGGUUACUGUGGAAGUACACAAGCAAAUGGUUUUACCAAUACUAAGUGCCACUCCUGUUCACUGAGCAGGAAGGGCAUGAAUAUCUUGGGGCUGGUAGGUUGAGAAAAGUGCCUUAAGAGAAACAGGACAGGGGCUGGGGAUUUUACCUCAGUGGUUCUGCUGCCUGCUUUGCAAGCACAAAGUCCUGAAUUCAAUCUCUGGUACCAAAAAACCCCCAACAAAAACCAGAGGACAGAGCCAGGUAUAGAGGUGCGUGCCUGUAAGGGAGGCUGAGGCAGAAAGAACACUGAGACCAGUCUGGACUACAUAGUAAGUUCAAGGCCAGCCCUAACUACAUAUUGAGACCCUGUCUCAAAAGACCAAAGGGGGUGUGGGAGUGUGGGGGAGGAAUAGGACAGAUAAGAGGAGUUGUGGUAGUUGACACAUUAACAAAGGAAAGCUACAGGAAGCAUGAUUUACUGUAUGCCCAACCUGAAAGUGAGGACUUAACCUCAAUGUCUGGGGGAAGAGCUUUCCAAGUAUAGACAACAGCAGAAAAUUGUGAGCCAAGAAAGAGGUGUCCAAAGUGGUGAGUGUCUCGAGAUAAGCCUGGAGGGAUAUAACAAGGCCAAAUCUUGAAGGUUUUUAAAGUUGUAAAAAUUGGUUAUUCUAAAUAUAAUGCAAGCCAGUGAAGGGUUUUAAGCAGGGUUAUUGCAUGAUAUGAACUACAUUACACAAACACCACAGGCUGUUAUAUGGAAAGCAGAUCAAAUUAUUAUUUUUUUUGGUACUGGGGAUCGAACUCGGGUCCUUGUGCUUGUGCAGCAGGUGGUGAAACCACUGAGCUAAAUCCCCGGCCCUGGAUCAAAUUUUUAAAAGGAGUCAAAUGGAAAUUUUUUUUUUUUUUUUUUUUUUAAAAAACAAGGUCUUGCUAUGUACUCCAGGGUGGCCUUGAACUCACUAUGUAGCCCAGACUGGCCUUGAAUUCAUGGCGAUCUUCCUGCCUCAGCCUCCCAAGUGCUGGAAUUACAAGCAUGCGCCACCACAUCCAACUUGUUCUCUGGAAAAAUUCAAACUUAUUUCAACACUGGCAGUGAGGUAGGCAGUAAAAGAAUUUUUUUUUUUUUUUUACCAAGAUCAGAACAAGAAAAGACAAGAGUUUAUUCAGAUCAGAGUCCACUCUCAAGGACAAUGGGUUCUCAAAAUGUCAUCUCUCAAGGACCAGCUUAUCGCAAAUCUAGUUGCAGAAGAUAAAAGCUCCCAGUGUAAGAUCACCAUAGCUGGAGUUGGUGCCGUAGGUAUCGCUUGUGCUGUUACUAUCUUACUGAAGGAUUUGGUGGAUGAACUUGCCCUUGUUGAUGUCGCAGAGGACAAAUUGAAGGGAGAAACAAUGGAUCUUCAGCAUGGCAGUCUUUUCUUUAGUACUUCAAAGAUUAUCUCUGGAAAAGAUUACAAGAUAUCUGCAAAUUCCAAAUUAGUUAUGGUCACAGCAGGUGCAAGGCAGCAGGAGGGAGAAAGUCGCCUUGCCCUGGUCCAACAUAAUGUGAAUAUCAUGAAAUCCAUCAUCCCUCCCAUAGCCCAUCGUAGUCCUGACUGCACAAUGCUUAUUGUUUCAAAUCCAGUGGAUAUUUUGACAUAUGUGGUCUGGAAGAUAAGCGGCUUACCUGCCACUCCUGUAAUUGGGAGUGGUUGUAAUCUAGACUCUGCCCGUUUCCGUUACCUAAUUGGAGAGAAGUUGGGUGUCCAUCCUACAAGCUGCCAUGGUUGGAUUAUUGGAGAACAUGGUGAUUCUAGUGACCUUGAACUCAUGGGAAUCCUCCUGUCUCAGCCUCCUGAAUGCUGGAAUUAUUGCUGUGUGCAACCACACCCAGUGGCUUUAUGGAGUGGGGUGAAUGUUGCUGGUGUUCCUCUAAAAUCUCUGAACCCUGAAUUAGGAACUGACUCAGACAAAGAACAGUGGAAAAGUGUCCAUAAACAAGUUGUUGAAAGUGCCUAUGAGGUCAUCAAGCUGAAGGGCUCUACCUCUUGGGCUAUUGGGCUGUCUGUGACAAAUCUGGUCGGAUCAGUUCUGAAAAAUCUUAGCAAAGUACAUCCAGUUUCCACUCUGGUUAAGGGCUUACAUGGAAUAAAGGAAGAAAUCUUUCUCAGUGUCCCUUGUAUCUUGGGGCAGAAUGGUGUCUCAGAUAUCGUGAAAGUCAAUUUAAACUCUCAGGAGGAAGCCCUUUUCAAGAGGAGUGCGGAGACACUCUGGAAUGUCCAAAAGGACCUGAAAAUUUAAGCCUUUGAAUGGUCUACUCUCUUAUAGAAGAUAGAAGACUGUAUAUUUUACUUUUUUUUUUUUUUGUACCGGGGAUCAAACUGGGGUUCUUGCGCUUGCACAGCAGGCGGUGAAACCACUGAGCUAAAUCCCCAGCCCUGUAUAUUUUACAUUUUGAAAGUGUUUUUAUCUGAUCUUUGAAAAAUUUAAAAAUUGGAGACUUACAACAUAACUUUGGUCUCUCAAAAAAAGGAGGAGGAAGUAGUAAAGAGAUUUCUCCUUUUUAUGAAUUCCUAAUGGCUCAAUUCUAAUGGUAAUCUACACAGGUGUAAAUUACACUUGGGAAGUACGUCAUACGUAUUAGAGUUGCCUUCAAGUUUAGUGGAAUAUGUGUAACAACUGACUAUAUACAGAAUUUUAGAUUAUCCCAAAAACAAGAAGUACUUUUUCUAGUUUUGAAAUUUCAUCUUGUGCUUUUUUCCAUUAUAGCAUCCAGUACAUUCACUUUCUAUUGCUUCGUUAGCUUCAUGUAUCUAUGUAUAAUCUUUACAAAAUAUUUAUUUUAAGAUCAUAUGUAUCGGAAGUAGAGAUGUAACUAUAAUAUAAAAAUAAAUGAGAUGAUACAUUUAACUCUGCAAGUUUAUACCAAUUGAUAUCUUAGUGAUUGGAUGUCUAGACUGAAAUACCACAUGAGUAGCUUAGACCAUUUCUGGGUCAUUUAGCAAACUUCUUGCCAUGUUAUGGUUGUGAGGUUACGCUUCCUGCCUUCAAGUAUCCACAGUAUUUAGAGUCCACCAACUAACUACUGACUGAUGCUAGAUAGCAGUUAAUUGGUAACUUGCAUUGGGAAUGAUGGCAGAGUCUCAGUGAGGCACUCUGAGAGGCUGAAGCAGGAGGAUCACAAGUUUAAGCCCAGCCUGGGUCACUUAGCAAGACCCUGAGUUAAAAUAAAAAAUAAAAAACGACUGAGUUCGAUCCCCGGUACCAAAAAAAAGGGGAAGAAAAUAAAAAAUGGGUUGGAAAUGCAGCUCAUUGCAAAGGCUCUGGGUUCACUCCCCAAUUUUAAAAAAACGGUAACUUCCUCUUGGUAUCUAAGGUAAGAAAGUGUGUGCUUCUCUUGAUUUAUAUUUACACACACCUACAUACAUAAUAUUAUGAAAUAUUUCCUUGACUUCACAAAGAAUUUAAGGCAGAUAUAAUAAAUAUACAGUGGAACAAAAACUAAGAAAUCAAGACCAAGGUAGUUUACAAAUUAAAACUAGGACCAGAGCAGUGGGGAACUAGAAGGCAGAUAAGCAGCCCCGGGGCCUGACUCGUCCAUCCGAGUGGAGCUGCACCCACCCAUUUGGUCAGUGUCGGCGCGCCUUCUUAGUCUGGCGUUCUUGGUAUCUUGGUAGCCUUUGUUGGAGCCAUCUACUGAACAGUUCGCUUCCCAUCAUCUUGUUCUUUUUCCUUUCCCCCCAGUUCCUCCCUUGAAUGCAUAAAAUAUGUUCAGGAUAAGGGACAGAGGGAAUUUUUUUCAUUCUUUUUAACAUGUUCUUGUUGAACAACAAAUCUAAUCUUUACAGAGACUGAAAGGCUAAAAAAUAUAUAGUUUCUAAGAGAAUAUUCUGUGAAGUAAAACUGUGCUACACCACGUAUCCUCAAUGGGACAACACUGUCCCCAAGAGGGUGAUAAUUGGCUGGGGGGUGGGGGUGGAAAAUAUCUGAGGUCAAGAGUUUAUUUUUGGUACCGGGGAUCAAACUUAGGACCUUGAGCUUGUGAGGCAGGCGGCGGCACCACUGAGCUAAAUCCCGGGCCCCGAGAUCAAGAGUUUGACUCCCCAAAGUUCAACAGUACCUGACAAAUUCUCACUCCUUAAUGCUGUAUUUAAUUUCACCAUGGGGAGAAAAAGCAGAAUGUUAAGGGGAAGUGUCUAAAAAGGCUCUUGAAAGAGUGAAAAUGAAGGGGAAAAACCCUAACUGUUCUACAGUUUAUAGUUUUUAAGGUUUGUAUUACCUACUAUGAUUCAGAGAUGAGUUAGCUAGCAGUUGAUUAGCUAAAACAUGGUGCAAGAAAAGAAGUAGGAAACCUUAGAUUAGCCAGCCUGAGGAAUUGGGGAUGUGUGUGGAUUUUACAUUUAACUACUUUCAAAAUAAUGAGCUGAAUUUUCCCUUACACUUGAAGAAAUAAAUGGUUAGCAAUUAGCACUAUACUGAUAAAAUUCUUAGGACUAUUUCAAAAUUCUUUUUGCAUAGAGGGUUCUAAGCUUUUUCUACUUCAGCUUAUACUCGAGUUGGUAGAAAGUAGUCCCUGGGUCCCUUUCUCCUGCAAUGCUGUCGAAAAAUUCCCAAAUGAGAGUCAAAAGGCCCCUUUCGGAUACAUGCACACGAGUUCUCGCUAGAAAUAAAACCAGGUGGGCUCUCUGGCGGAUGAAUCCUGGGGAAACAGUACCCGGCUCCAGGGCCGCGGGGGUUCGUCUAACCUGCUGCCCGGGUGAGCUCGAAGACCCGGGAGCCGCAGUGAACGAAGCCCGCCCACCAUGAGGACCCCCGUGGCUACUGGCGCGCAGGUGCGGGCGGCGGAAGCUGAGGCGCAGGCCCAGUGUCCGGAUGUGUGGGGGAAGCCACGCCCAUCCCUCGGACCUGCACCAGCGGGUGCAGCCCGCGCAGCCGCAGUGUUAGGCCGGUGUGGCAAGUGGUAUUGGAAGUGGCUACGAUCUGAAAAUUGUCUGUUCGUGUUACUCUACUCAGCAGAGGCUCGGUCCACUCUGAAAGCUGUCACGGGCUGAUCCUCGGAGAGAUGGAGACUCAAGUGGUAGGCGUAGGCACCACUGAGCCCUGCUUCCUCUAAAAUGUAAGAACAUCUGUCUUCCCCCCACCCCAUGAAGGACCAGCGACUGAACGAAGGACCUUGUGCAUGAGAAUUACUGAGCCUGAGGGUGAUCCUGGGAACUCUUGAACUUUCAACAGGUGUCAGAGGAAUCGAACUCGGGACCUUUCGCUUGCGAGGCAGGCUCCAGAACCACUGAGCUAAAUCCUCGGCCCUUUGUUAAUGUUUCCAUAUGUGGUCUAAUGAAUCAACAUACUGAUGCUAAAUUUUCAAAUCCUUAUUUUAUUUUUUUGAUAAAGGGUCUCACUAUGUGGUCCAGGCUGGCCUUAAAAAUCACAGUGAUCCUCCUGCCUCAGCCUCCCAAGUGCUGGGAUUACCAAUGUGUGCCACCAAGCCUGGCUUCAAAUCCCUAUUUUUUACAUUUAAAUGCAAAUUGCUUCUCUUAUAUGUUAAGGCAAAUGCUACCAAGUAGCUCUAAAUAAGCCCUUCCCAAGAUUCUCCAGCCAAAGCCAUUAAUGCUCAAAAUGGGAGCCGUGCUUAGGCUACAAACGGCCUGGCCUUUAUGCACGGUUCACCUGAGGAAUGGAGAAAUGUCAAGGUCAGACCCAGUCUUAACCUGCUGGCACAGAUUUGAUUAUAAAGAAUACCUUAACUCACUUUAGAUCCAAGUACUUUCUAAAAAGAAAACAUGAAUUGUAAUCAAAAUGUGAAGGAAUAAAGUAAAAAAUGAAAAAUCCAGAAUUUGUAAGAGUCAAAAAAGUAAACCCAUUAAAGUCCAAAAUUUGAUGAGCUGCCUGGCAUCUUAAGACUGUUUAUGUGAAUAAAUAACAAUAUUUGGUGAAGACUCUCA